AAAAACAUCCGAAAUUCGCUGUGAUGAAGCAUAUUUUAUGAAUCCCUUGUAGGCUAUUUAAGUUUAUUUGUACAUCGCGCUAAAAACGUCACUUCCUUUUAUCAUACGGGCACUUCUACCAAUAUGGUGGACAUCUUGUGUCAUGGCGAAAUGUGUUGAGCUUUGUUAUUGACAAGGAUCAGGAGGAUUCCUGCUCUGAUCCUAAUCAAAAAGAUCCACAACAGCCUAUUACCAUGGACAGCAAGCAGACCGAUGACAUGGCAGAGGUACUUAGUGCUGAAUCUGAUGGAGAACAGACAGAAGAUGUGAUGUCAAGGAAGAGGAAAGCAGCAGCCAUUGUAGAAAGUGAUGAAGACGAGGAUGAUGAAGAAGGUAGUGAUGAAGAGGAUGAAAGUGAUGAAGAAGAUGAUGAAAGUGAAGAUGAUGAUGAUGAAGAUGAUGAAGGGGAAGGAAAUGAUGAUGAUGAAGAGGAAGUUGGUGAAGACUGGGAAACAGAUGAAGAGGAGGAGGAGGAAGAAGAUGGGGAGGAAGAAAGCCAGGAAGCCUCCAUUUUAUUGGAGAGUGAAUCUGACGGAGAAGGAGACAACUGUCCUGUUUGUCUGAAUCGGCUCCGGGACCAAGACAUUGGAACACCAGAGACAUGUGAUCACAACUUCUGUCUAGAGUGUAUCCAAGAGUGGUCAAAUAAUGUGAACACAUGUCCAGUUGAUCGUCAAGUCUUCCAUCUGAUCUUUGCUAAGCAUGCUGGAGAGGACAAGGUUUUCCGACGGAUUGUGGUGGAGGACAAGAACAUGUGUGACAUUCCAGAGGAAGAGGAGGAGGAUCCUACCUAUUGUGAGGUGUGUGGAAGGUGUGACCGUGAGGACAGACUUCUCCUGUGUGAUGGGUGUGAUCAGGGAUUCCAUUGUGAAUGUCUGACUCCAACUUUACAAGAUAUCCCAGUAGAGGAGUGGUUUUGUCCUGAGUGUGCCGACCUCAACAAACAAGGAGCAGAGACAGCUGUCACAGUUGAUGACUAUGAAGAGGUCAGUGAGAUCAUCCAAGAAAAUGCAGGUAGCUCAGCCACUCCUUUCCUCAGACCCCGUCGUCGCCAGGUAGCCAGAACCCGAGUCAUGGAGCGUGUGCGCAGUCAGAUUGCAGAGUUGCGACGAGAGCGAGCUCGCAGAUAUACUCAACGAGAGUACAUCGCUGAUUCUACAGAUGAGGAAGACCUGGUUAUGGCGGCUGAGGGAAUGGAGACAGAAGCAGCCGCUAGUGCAGGACCAAGUAAACCAGCCACAGUCAGGAAACGGAAGACACCGACAAAACGUAAGAAAACACCAGCAAGGAAAAAGAGGAAGACAACCACCAAGACAAGAAAGAGGAAGACAACAACCAAGAAGAAACGUAAAAGGACAACAAAGAAGGGAAAGAAAGGCAGAAAGAAGAGGAAAACAAAGAAGAAAGCUCGCACAGUAUGUUUUUGCUAUAGAAGCUAUAGACCAAAAAUUAGUACAGCUCCUUGUCGUGCCAAAACUGUAAGGAUGGAGAUCCCCACUACUACAGUUAAAGCAAGAAUAGCGAGAAACCUGGGUCUGUCCAAGCCACCAGUAGGCAGAACUAUCCCAUUACAGAAGGCAUCCGGUGAAAAGACAACAGAGAUCAAAAAGCAUGACUCGGGAAUCGCACCAUUGUCUAUCCUUGGACACAAAGAUGAUUUGUACUCGUUUCAGGAUGAAGAUGCUCAGCAGCCACGGACAUCUGUGGUAGCUCAGAGUAAAUCUAGUCGCUAUUCCCGAUCCUCCCUUCAGUCCCACAAACCCGUUGGUAAACCAAGAGCUAGCACAUCCUCCUCAUCUGCUGCUGCUGCUGUCCCAGCCCCUACUCCUGGCCCAUCCACUGGAGGAUUUGAUCUUCUUGGCUCCAUAAUGCAGAACCAGACACUUUUGGGGAUGGAUAGCAAGAAUGUCACAAUACAGAGGGAUGGCACACUACUAGCAAAAUCUGAGAAAAAUAAGAUGCAAAAGAAAGAGCCAACCAAGGAAGUUCACAAGUCUGAACCAGCCGAACCAAAGAAAGAAAGUGAUGAAGAAAAUGAAGAAUUGUACGAAGAUGAGGCAUGUUUCUCACCUGAGUAUGAUGAUGAAGAGAAAAUUGCUCAGUCUAUAGAACAGGAUGAAGGUGAUAAAGUAAAAGAAGAAAUUGUAAUGGUUUGUAUAGAGGAAAAAGUUGACACAGAGAAUGAAGAUGAAGUUGAAACAAGUGCUGAUGGCAUUGCGAAUGAGACUAUUGAUAAUGAAAACGAGGCUGCAGAUAAUGAGAAAGAGGCUGAUGAGAUAAGUGACAAUGAAAAUGAAGUUAUUAAUGAGAAUGAAGCAGACGAGAAUGAGAUGAGUGACAACGAAAAUGAGAUUGCUGAUGAUGAUGAGGCUGAUGACAACGAAGAGGAAGAUGAAGGGGAAGGUGAUGACAAAGAGGAUGACUCGGUACAGGAGAAAACAGAGUGUAACCAAAAUGAAGGUCAAAAUAUGAUGCAAAAAGAGACCUGUGAGGAUGCCGAGAUGAAUACUGAGGAAACCAUCCAUUGUGAUAAAUCAAGAUCUUCCAGUCCUCUGGAUUCUGUCAGAUACCUUGAUAGAGAGGUAACUACACGUUCCGCAGCAAUUAGCCCAGACAGAGAAAAGGCAGAUUCCUCUGAAAAGGAGGAAUCCCCAUGUCAGGAAGUUGAGGAUGACUCUACAACUCAAGUCACUGUAAAUGAAGAAGUUAGUGAGGAAGAAAAUGAUGCAUCAGGGGAAGAAGUAGAGGAAGAGAACCAAGAAGUUGAAGAUGAGGAAGCUGUUGAAGAAGGGGGUGAUGAGGAACAGGAAGAUGAGAAUGUAGAGGAAGAAAUGGAGGAGGUUGAUGAUAAUGAGGAUGGGGAUGAAAAGGAAGGGGAAGAAGAAGAGGAAAUAGUUGAAGAGGUUGAAGAUGAGGAGGAUACAGGGCUUGAUGAUGAGCAAGAAGUUGAAGAGAAAGAAAAUGAACGACAACUACAAGAGGAAAAAGCUAGUGUUAACCCUAUUGAAGAAAGCGGCAGGUUAACAGAAUUAAUAGCUCAAGAUGAGUUAGGAGAUGCAUGGGAUACGGAUGGAGAUGAUCGUGGGGCUACUUGGUCAGAGGAUAAUAUGGAAAAUGAAGAAAGUGAAAAAAGUAAAAAGUCCAGACAUUCUGGGAAAAAUCGGAGGAGCAGGAAGGGUGAUAGUAGAGUAGUGGUGGAGGAAAAUUCUCAAGACUCUAGUUUAAUGGAGGAGGCUCUUCUUCCAAUCUCCGAAUUCCCACGUAUACCAAAGAAAAAACGGAGAAGUAGGUCAUCUAGAAGUGAUCCUGAUCCUGAAAAAAGCAGCGUGACUAAGAUUAAACAAAACAAAGAUGAAGAAGGUGAGGAGGAAUCUUUCAAAAGAACGGUUAUGAAAGAGGAGGAUGUUAUCAUUGUUAAAGUUGAAACUGCUAAAAGAUUAAAUGAAUUUAAGACAGAGAAAAAAGAAAUGAGAGAAAUCUCGGAGAGUAGUUCAAGAAGAGAUCGUGAUGAUAGAAAAGAUCGAGAUAGAGACUCUAAAAGAGGCCAUGAUCGUGAUAGAGAUAGGGAUAGAGACCGAGAAGGAUCAAGUCGGCACAAACAUAGACGUGAUCGGUACAGGUCACGAAGCAGAUCACGUGAUAGACGUGAACGUGACAGGUCAAGGUCAAGAGAUCGAUCAAGAAGGUCAAGGUCAAGAGAGAGAAAGCGCUACGAUCGGAGUAGAUCUCGGUCGUUGGAACGACAUCACAAGAGGCGAAGGAGAGAUAGGAGCAGAGAGAGGGAAAAAGGAUCUCGUCGAAGUAAAAGCCCAAGCAGAAGAACACAGGAGAAAGAAAAUAGGUUCAGUGGUGAUGAUAAACGUCAAAAGCGGCGUGAGGAAAAGUUUGAAAGGAAAGCGGACAUUACUCUUUGGACAAAAAAAUCUCGGCAAAUAUCUGAAGGCAGUGAUAGCAGUGAUAGAAAGAAAGUAACAUCACCAGAGCAUAGUGCAAAACAUUCUGUGGACAGUAAGUCAAGUAGAGGUGAUGAUAAUGUUAAUAGAAAUAGUGCUAUUCCUGAGGAUAUGUUAAAACGACUCAAAAUACCUCCUCUUAUGUCUCAGAAAAUCACUGUUGUAACAAAUAAGAAACCAGACAUUCAAGAAACCCAGCCAAUAUCUGUCAUUACAAGUGAGAAAACACAAAACAUUGAGGUGAUAGGUAGUAAGCAAAAGGAAAGUAAGGAACCUCCUACUGAAGUGAUUGUCUCUGACAGUGAUGAUGAGGAAGUUUCUGAGAAUAAGGAAACAGUUGUAAACAUCUCAGCUAUCCAGAUUCCUCCACUUGUAUCAAACAACAUCACUCUUAACCGACCCGUGGAAAGUGCUGGUGAGUAUGAUCCAGCCUUUCCUACAGAUGAUCCUGAAGAAUCUAGUCCUCCUCUCCCUCCUCUGGACACUGAGCCAAUGGUGUACAAUGUGCCGCCACCACCACAGAUGUCCUUCCCUCCUCAUAUGAUGGAGGAAGGUUUCGGCUCUCACCAGCGCCUCUCUCCACUUCCUCCCCAUCAACCUCCACCCCCGAGCCAGGGUAUUCUGGGGGAAGGGGGUACAAUCCUUCUGCCAACUGGUGAUCCUCCACAACCUCUGAUACAGCAGUCACAAAAUGUGCCACCAAUGCAACUAGGUCUGAGAAUGUUGCCACAAGGUUAUCAACCAGGUAUGCCUCCACAGAGGCCAAUGAUGCUAAACCCUAUGUUGAUCAACAGGGGACCGUUCAGCAGAUUUCCUAGGUUCCAGACUGGCCACUUGCCACAGUUCAGUCUCCAAGUGCCAACGAGUGGCAGCAUAAUGCCACUCCAGAACCGCUUUGGCCAUCGAAUGGCGCCUGGCAGUCUUCCAGGACAGCCUAAUCUUGUCAAUGGAGGAUUUGAACAUAUUCCACCUGAAUCAGGACCUCCACCCCAAUUCCAACACAUGUUACGAGGGCCAAAUGAUCCAAGUAUUAGCCAUGAUCCUAGGAUGCAGGGUCCUUUGAGUGGUCCUGGGGGACCACCGCCUGGAUCUCAUCCACGACAUCUGUCAAUGCAGGAAUCUAAUAUCCCCCCCAUGCUGCCAGAACUUGGCCUGAGGGACAGGUUGCCCCCAGUGUCUAUUCCAGGAGGGCCAGGAGACCCUCACCAUAGGGAAGGACCUCCACAGAGUCUUCAGGGACUCAGUCAGCUGGAACAGAUAACACACAUAACCAAACUUAUAAAUGCACAGGCACAAUUGGCCAUGAUGACCAAGGAAAACGAGCUAGGGGAAGGUCCUGGGCAUGAAUCUAAUGGGGAUGAUGUGUUUAAGGUGCCGCUGCCACCUAUGGGAGGUGGCAAACAGAAACUAGUCUUAGGUGGUGCUAUGAACUCAAACGGUAAGGAGGAAUUGGAAACAUUGGAAGUAAUAGAUAUGGACAUGUCCUCACCCUUGGAUGAUGGAAAUAUAGAACUUCAUCUAACACAGGACAAAAAUAGCGAUAAAAAUGUGUUUGGCAGCUUAGGUAGUGAUUCCAAUUCGAAAUCCUCUGAUAGAAGGAGUAAAAGAGACAAAAAGGGAUCAGACAGUCAUUCAGGUAAAGUGCGAUUUAAAGGUGCACGUGAUAGUGAUGAACGGACUAGUAAAUCUUCGCGAGUGAAAGUGAAAGAGAAAAAACAUAAACCAGUCGAGGAGGACAUGGAUGAUGCCAUCUUUGAUGAUAUAAUGAAUGAUAUGUCAAAUGAUGAAAUGCCCUCUUCUGCUGUGGAAUUAACAAAUAAAGAAAAGUAUCUGAAGAAGCUACACCUCCAGGAGAGGGUAGUGGACGAGGUGAAGGUUGCACUCAAACCCUUCUACAACACAAAGCAGGUGUCUAAGGAACAGUACAAGGAAAUCCUCAGAAAAGCUGUGCCUAAGGUUUGUCAUAGUAAAAGUGGAGAUAUCAAUCCUGUGAAAAUUAAAGUGUUAGUGGAAGCUUAUGUAUCUAAAUACAAACGUGACACUCCUGCCAAGUCUAAAUUGAAGCAUGCAAAGGACAGUGCUGUGAAAGCCAAUGGAGAAGUGAAAACAAAGACAAAAUCAAGUCGAUAGCACAACUCUAACUUGUAGCAUCUCCAUUUUCAAAUUGUUUGUUGAGAAAUAAUAUUUAGUGUUUUGCAUUGGAAUGAAGUUUUUAUUUUAAUAGAUUUUCCUGGGAAUGUGAGAGUUGAAUGUGAUUUUUAGGUAUUUUCUACACAGUAGAGAGGGAGUGUAUGUUAAUGUUGUGGGAGAUACGGAGCAUUAUCAGGGAAGCAUGCAAUUAUUGUUUUUACAGUUGUUUACACUGUUAUUAAAUCUGUCCAAGUUAUUGUGUUCCCUCAACUAGUUUGGGUAUGUUGUUGUGUAAUGUUUACACCAAUCAAGACAUCAACUUAACCCUUCUUUGUGUCAAGGUUUUUAUUAAUGGCAACCUUUAAUAGUAUUGAAUUUGUUUUUAAGUUAUAUGUAUAAAACUGUUCAAAACUCAUAAAAUUAAGAUUUCAUCGUGUACUACAUUGUUGUGUGCACAUAUAAUACUGAAGUUGCUGGCCUGUGUCAGAAUUUUUCAUUGCAUUCCUAUAUUUGUGGUGGUAUAAUUUAAGUUUGGCUAUUUUACUAAAAGAAAAUUGUACAAUUAAUCAUGGUUACAAAAUUAAUUCAUAGAUAACUUUUUCAUCUAAAUCUGAUUUAUUAUGUCAAAAAGUAAACACCUUCAUAUAUCAUGGUUAGUAAGACAGUUUCUGUGAUUUAAUUGGAUUACUUCAUCGAAAGUUUUAUACUAUGAUCAUGUUUAUGAAAUCCUUGCUUAAUUAAGAUUAAGGUUCAUUGCGCCGACUCAAAAGAAUAGUAACAUUUGAUUUUGUUCAAAGUUUGGAAAUUGGUGACAUUUUAUGCCAAAAAUUUGCUAAAUCAGGUGAUUUUACAUUCUAAUUGUAAUAAAAGAAAGAAAAAAUGACAAACGGAUGAGAGACAAGUUCUUACAGCUAACAAGUUCCUUCUCCAAUAUAAAAAUAAUUAUGUAUUAAACAUAUUAGCCUGUGUAUAUCAGGCACUUAUAUAAGUUUUAUGUCAGUGUAUUGAUAAUAUAAAUUGUUUAUCUUCAGUAAGAUUUGUCUGGCAUAUAAUUAGAAGGUCUGGAGUUAAUACACUGAGACUUGAGAGUUGAACACAGUGAGCUGACAUGCUUAAAAUCAAUGAAUAUUGACAACUAUGUGCAUAAUGUAUAGUGGCAACCUUUUUAGUCUGGGCCCCAUCAAAAGAUGCAAGUAUCCAAACACAUUCAAAGGAAAAAGCUUUCCAAAUGAAAUACCAGUAAAUUUAAUUGUGUUAUAUCAUUUUGUAUUAGAGCUGUUUAAACUGAACUUCCAUGAUAAACAGGUUGCUCUAUAUAAAGUUUUUAAAAUGGAAGAGGCUGUACUGUGUACUGUUGUCCAGAUCACAGAGGGAUCACAGAGGUUGCACUGUAAAGAUGUGUUCAGAUUAAAGAGGUUCCACUGUUUACAGAUGUCUGGAUUUAAGAAGUCAAAAUUUACAGUUUUUCCCAUUUAAGAUGUAUUGUCAAUAUUAUUUAGAGUUCUCUAUGCUAAAGAGGUUCUGCUUUAUUUGAUUGCCCAGAUUAAGGAGGUUCUACUGUAUAAAGUUACCCAGCUUAAAGGAGAUUAUAUUCACUGUCCAAGUCUUAGUAUGGUUCAAUUGUGUGUGCAGUAAUUAUUUUGGUAGGUAGGGUUCCUCUAUACAAUUGUCAUGAUUUGAGAUUCCACAGUAUAUCGUUAUCGUGAUUAAUGGGGGUUAAGUAUGCAUGAAUUGGUCAGGACGAUGAAGUUUAAACAAGUAUGUAUUGAUAGGUCAGUAAUGUGUGAUGUAGUCCACUUUAUUUAUAUGAAAGUAAGUAAAGAAUGAGUGUAAAUCAUGCAAACUGUUCAUAUUGUCGUAGGACUAAAUUUUAAAAUCCCGCAGUAAAUAGGACCAUGUUCCAUAAAAUGUGGCAGCGGUUCUAUUUCCAAAGUAACUGUGGUUGUAAACCAAAAUGGUUGAUUGUCGGUGUUUAAACAUAUUUAUGUAAUGUGUUGUGAAUGACGAGCAUCUGCAUGUGUAAGAUGGGGAUAAUGUAGAUAUUGUUAAUGCAUGUUAGGUGAUCUGUGUGUGGUAUUCCAUGGUACCGUGUUUUAACUAGGACAUGUUAAAUUGUUAAUAGACGAUAGGUUCAGACUAAACUUUAGAGUCUGCUCAUUUGGAAUGAGAAUAUGUACGUUCUGCCCUCAAUGUAGCAAUGCAAACCUAAAAAAAUGACUUUUUAUGUUAAGUACCAAGUUUGGUACUGGUAAAGAUACUGCUCAACUUUCUUCCGUGUGCAAGUUUGGGAUAUAUUUGGACAUGGUAUAACAUUGCUUUUCAAAAGUAAGAAUCAAGGUGCAUUAUUUAGUAUAUUCAAUUGUAAACAGAUUUCCUCAUUACAAUAUCUCGAGCUGAAAAAAAAAUGUGAAAUUUAUCUUAGCAGAGCUACAAAAUAACUCAGAAUUAUCAAAAUAUCACAGUGACCUGUAUUGCUCAUGACUAAACUGGCUUUCCUCUGUUAUAGCUUCACAUGAUAUUGCUUCUACCUAUAGGGUGUAAUUUUGCUAGUAUUCUCUCCAUUCACAAAUUUUCCAGGGUAGGCGUGGGAAUUAUGGUAAAGAAUACAUGUAAAAGUGUCAUUAGAUAAUGGAUCACAAAUAAUUUUGUAAACUAUUGUUUUAUUUAGAUCUUGAGCUCCACUCUGUUUUCAAUUGUAUACACUUCCAACUUAAAGAAAAGAUGCAGAAUAGACUUUCUCAUAUGAUUAAACAAUGCCAUCUGGUAAAUGUGAUGAUUAAACAAUGGCAUCUCGUAUAUGUGAGUGUUGUUUCAUCUGGCAUUUUAAAGGCUAAAAGGUUUGUUUUUCUUACAGUAAAUUUUUAAUGUUCAUUAAUUAUAAAUAGUUGAUGAAGUUAAUUAAUUAACAGAUUAAAUAGCUGCAGAUUUUGAAAAAUUGUCCGUCCAACCAAGUUUGUUGUUUUCUUCCUCUCUUGAUUCUUAUUUCAGACAAGUCAUUUUCUUUCAAAAGACUGGUAUAUGUGUUAUUUCAUACUUUCAUUGUAUUGUAAAUUUAUUCUUCCCUUUCUAUUUUGUCAUGAUAUAUUUACAUUAAAUUAUAAGUUAUUACAGAUAACCUUUUUUACCUUCUGACACCUGAGAUGGCAGCUAUAUAUAGAUUAUUUAGAAUAGCAGCUAUGUAUACAUCAUCUUUUGAUAUCUUUUUUCUUGAAACAGGAUUUCUUCUUUGCGAUUUCAGAUAUUGUGUUUCAGUUGAAGACCGAUAAACUUGUUUAAAUUGCAUAUCCUACUUACCUGGUAAUAAUUUCAGACUCCCCUGUUAACAGGUUUUACAGAUAACAGUCAUAAUACCAAGCAAGUCUUUUCUGUGUGUGAAGUCAAAUAAGGCCUAGUUCAAUUUUUUAAUUGCUUCUUGAUAUCCAUGUCCUCGCAACUUAGCAUGUGAAAUAUGGUGUAUAUCCUUUUAAUCACAACCAACCUGAACUACAUACUGUCCUUGUAUUGGCUUUGAUGAUUGAGAAAAAAAUACAAUCUGGGACAGGAGAAAGGUUGUUUCAAUAUUUGUAGACGAUAUGUGCUACUAGGGCCUGUUCAUUUAUACGGACAAACCGGUUCGUCAUUUUUUAAAUGUAAUCUGCAAAUGUUAAUACAGGCCUUGGAAGUCUUAAUCAAGGCUCGUCUGAAAACAAUUGAUAAUCACCAGGUCCGUCUUUAUUUCAUAAACGAACAACACCGGUCUAACUGGACCAACUGUUUGGACCGCAAAAAAAACAAAAACAGCCCUAGUGUGAUAUUUCUUCUACAUAGUCCAUGCCUUAUUUAAUGUAAUAGUUAUUGCCAUACUAGCAAUUUUAUGGACAAAGUCAGAACACUGCUGCACUGGUGCAGUCUGUAAAAACUUGUACAAAACAAAGCUAGCUUUGUCUGAAAAAAAAUAAAAAUCCUGCUAUUUGUGGCAAAUGAGAAAACCUGACACUUUGAAGUUUAUAUUAAGUUUUGUUGAAAUAAUGGCAGAUUAUUUGUAGAAAGGAAAAUUCAAGACUUGUCUUGUAUAUACUUAUGUUGACAACUACAGCUAUUUUCAUUGAUCACAUAGGUCUUUUUAAUACACUCUAAACUGAUGCAAAAUGGCUUGGAGAUAUAGUUGCCAUGUGUGUGAAUGUUUUGUCUGAUAUCCCUAUUUGUGAAAGAAUACCCAACUCACAUUUUGUAUGGAAAUAUUACCAAGGUUUCGUGUGCCUAAUGUACAGGGGAAGCACUCCGGGCCGAUAGAUAAUUUAUGUGUUUGCAGACGUGAAAGUUGUUUAAAAGGUAAUAAACAAUUAUUACAUGAUCAA